AAGGGGUAUUGGAGAUCACGAAAAGACCAUGUGCUGACUACUAACUAGGCACCUAGCAUAGUAGUUAUGGCAUGCAACUACGUGCAUUCAAGCAUCAACGUGGUGUUAAACGACCGCAUCAAAUUCAAUUCUGAAUGGACUCCUAACUGGGUAUUGCGAUAUCGUACCAUGCUGCACCUAUUUCAUCCUUUUUGCAUCAUAUUUCAUUUCGUAACGAGUGGGAAAGACUUUUCUUUUUUUCUUUUUUCUUCAUUCAACCCACUGCCGUAUUCUCUGAUAGCGUUUGUUUAAACACACACACUAUGAUCAUACAGCUUUUGAACCCAUCCCAUCUACCAUUAGUACCUCACGGCCCCAACUCAUAACUUUUUUUUUUCCUACCAGUAACGUCUCAUUUAAAUGGCCACGAAGCCCGCAAGGACGGCGGCGGCGGCAGCAAGCGCAAAGCCGGUCUCGCGGGGCGCCGCAGCUCCGUCGGAGGUGCUCGAUGCCGGCUCAGAGGGGCUGUCUGUCUCGCUGGAGCCGCCCUCGGUGCGGGAAGGCGUCGCGGUUGCGACGGAGGUGUGCGUGGUGGCUGGGGGCGCGGUCUCGGUCUCGGUUCCGGAGCCGGUGGGAGUACCCGCGGUGCUGGAGGCAGUUGAGGUAGGGGCCCCUGUGCCGCUUCCGCUGGUGGAGCUGGCGCUCUCGGUGGCGGAGCCGGAGCCGGAGCUCUCUGUGCCAGUUGCCGUGGCGGACUCGGUGCCGCUGGUUGCGGUGGCAGUCUCGGUACCGCUGGUGAUGGUAGCGGUCUCUGUUCCGCUAGUAGAGCUUCCGGGGGGGACGGGGACGGUGGUGUCGUCGCCGCCCGGGACGGUGUCUGUCUGGAUGGAGAUGGUGGCGCUCUCGGUUGCGGACUCGAGAGGGCCGCCGGGGUUUGUGGUGGUCUGGCGCACCUUCAGGUUACGCGAUACCACGUUGUUGGGGUCAUCAGGGACCUUUGCGUCACGCGCUACCACGCUGUUGGGGUCAUCAGGGACAAAAGGCACGCCGCUGCUGGGGUCAUCAGGGACAAAAGCUGCAACGAGACCGCUGCCGGCCAAGCUGAGAAGGAAAGCGAGCUUUGCGUGCAUGAUGAGGUUUAGUCGGGUUUUGGGCUGUUGAAAUAAUUAAGUUCUGGGUAUAAGGUGAUGCGUUGGUUGGUGGAUGACGAUGAUGAGGAUGAAAGCGAAUAGAAAACUGACGAUGCUUCUGAAAGAUGGCUUUGUAUAUUAUAUAUCAAUAUAAUUACUCAGCGGAAUAGAAUACCAGACCUAUUUAUAUAAUUGGCGUCGGCUGUGGAGCAAGACAUCUGUACCCCAGAGCUGGCAAAGAACAGCACCGCCUUGUCCGACAACUUGGCAUUUUCAUGCAAAAAGACCCCGGUUGCCUAUUGCCUUUUGCUCUCGUAACGUUUUUCCAUACCAUAGGGUAGACGGGCCAGGGAUGACACGGUUAACCCGGCAGUACCAUAAGCCUUGACAGCUGAGAGGUCAGCUCGGCCCGCAAGUCUUGUCGCAUCACGUUGAAGGAGCUGCCAUCAACAGCAUUG